AUGCCGAGACAUUCAAAUGGGAAACGCCAGUCACCUAGAAAGCCUGAAAUGGAGAGGAUAAGGCGGCAGAGAAUCAAUAAAUGCUUGUCGCAAAUCAAACUUCUCAUUCCAGAGGCCAAAGAACUGGAGAUCAAGAAAGGUUGCAGGCUCGAAAAGGCUGAAAUCCUGGAGAUUGCCGUUCAAUUUAUUCAGAGAGUACAAAACAAGACGAACACUAGGAAACAGGAAGAAACCUCUGUUGGACUCGAGGAAUGCUCUGCAUUUUUCAACUCAAGCACGGCCUCAACGAGACCAAUAUUCCAGGGCCAUUUUGACCUGCCACAAAACCACAAUCCCUCGUCGCCAUUUUUCUCAGCCCCUGCAUGUUGCCUACAACCCUGUGAAUGCUGCGACUCAGUCAAGCAGAUUUCUCAAAAUAGACUCUAUAGGUCAUUAUUUCCACCGGCGUAUCCUCGGAUUUUCAAGCCGCGAUGUGUUUCUUCAAACAUGGCAUACGUUCCUGUGACCAGUGGCCUCGAGACCUUUGCAAUUCCACCUCAGGAACCUGCCGAUUUGUCGGUCUCAGUCAAAGCCGAGACUGACUGA